AUGGGAAUGGCGGAUGCAAUCCCCAUCUAUGGCGAGGAGCUCUAUGCUUUCGACUACAUCGAUCUCUUCGGCUCUAGAGUCCCCAAUGUCAGCAUGUUCGCAAUAUCUAACAUCUAUCAGACAUACCCAGGUGGUCAGGACUACCCAGUUGAGGUGGGAGUUCUCUCCUUUGGCGGUCCCGGUAUCAAUCAGUCCUUCCAAAACCCUGGUCAGCCAUCGAUCAACACCAGCCUCGUCGACGGCUACCUCUAUUCCCAAGGUACCAUUGCUUCAAGCUCCUACAGCCUGCAUAUUGGCUCCGUGAACUGCGACAUAUCGGGCUCUGCGCUGUUCGGGGGUUACGAUCGCAGCCGUGUCCUUGGCGAUGUUUCUGCACAGGCCACCUGCGACGCCAUUGCCUCCGAGCUGCCCGUCACCUACCAAUCCGACUAUGGCCUUUACUUCUGGAGCACAUCCGACCAGAAAUACUCCCAGAUUGUGACGGCGUCAACCUACCUCGGUUUCACCUUCCGGAAGGAUUUUCUCAACGACGCAAAUAUGACCAUAAAAGUGCCUUUCGCCCUGCUGAAUCUGACAUUGGAUACUCCGCUUGUCGACAACCCAACGCCUUACUUCCCGUGCAUGGGGACUGAUGGUACCUAUGUGCUUGGUCGGGCCUUUCUCCAAGCAGCAUUUGUCGGGGUCAACCGGGGCACCGGGACGAAAAACUGGUUCCUUGGCCAGGCGCCGGGGCCAAACAUGGGGGCCUCCACCCCAACCACCAUCGAAGUCGCCGAUACCACGAUCAGUGGGAGCUCGAGUAGCUGGGAAGAUAGUUGGAUGCCAUACUGGACGGAGCUUCCAGCCAGCUCCCGUUCCAAUGCGACCAAUGCGACCGUGCAAUUGUUGUUUGUUGCUCUGUUGCAGCAAUCGGGAUUAUCGCGUUAG